GCUCCCUCCAUUCAGCUCUUACUGUUAGCCACUGAGACCUCUCCAGCACUCUGCACAUCCCUUCAGCACUUCUACACUCUCACGGACCUCUCCAGCUGACAAACUCACUCAAACUUUUUUGCUAACAGAUAGAAGAUAGCAGAAAGUAUUUUUUUUUAAUUUUAAAAAGGGAUUAUUCUUUGUGGUUUGCUUAGUUUAUUUUAAUACCAACAAAAAGGGAAAACUACAUUUUAAGACCAACUCUACCCAUCCAGGAUGUCCUUGCCUCUGCUGAGUGGAAUUCUGGUGCUCUUCUUUGGAAUGCUGGCAAGGAGCUCACCGACCCCUGACUCCCUGGAUGGGCACACAUCUCUCACCGACUGCCCCUCUUGUGCCCUCUCCAGAAUGCAAAAGGAUAUGCCGGCCACUUCCCAGCAGGCAGACAUGGUGGAGGCAGUCAAGCAGCACAUCUUGACCAUGCUGCAUUUGAAACAGAGACCCAACAUCACCCAACCCGUGCCCAGGGCAGCCCUUCUGAAUGCCAUCAAAAAGCUGCAUGUGGGCAGAGUUGGGGAGGAUGGCAAUGUUGAGAUUGAGGAUGACAGCCACAGCCGGACAGAGAUGAAUGAGUUGGCUGAGCAAAUGUCUGAAAUCAUCACUUUUGCUGAGGCAGGUGCCUCGUCAGGCUUGGUGCACUUUCAGAUCUCCAAGGAGGGCAGCGACCUUUCACUCAUAGAGCAGGCCAACGUCUGGCUCUUUCUCAAGCUCUCCAAGACCAACAGAAGCCGCGCCAAAGUGACCAUACGGCUGUACCAGAAAAAGCAAGGCACGGCAAAAGGGGAAGAAGAGCUGGUCGUCUCAGAGAAAGCUGUGGACACGCGGAGGAGUGGCUGGCACACCCUGCCAGUCUCCAGCAGUGUCCAGGCACUGCUGGAAAAGGGACACAACUCCCUGGAUCUGCGGAUAGCCUGUGAGCAGUGUCAGGAGGCCGGCGCCACCCCUAUCCUCGUAGAAAAGGAUGAGCGGGAGCAGUCCCACCGGCCCUUCCUCAUGCUGGUGAUACGACAGUCUGAUGAGCAGCCCCACCGGCGGCGAAAAAGGGGCCUGGAAUGCGAUGGAAAGAUCAGCACCUGCUGCAAGAAACAGUUUCAAGUCAGCUUCAAGGACAUCGGCUGGAACGACUGGAUUAUAGCCCCCACGAGCUACCACGCCAACUAUUGUGAAGGGGACUGCCCAAGCCACAUAGCGGGGUCCUCUGGCACCUCUCUCUCCUUUCACUCGACUGUCAUCAACCAUUACAGGAUGCGGGGUAUCAGCCCCUUUAACAACAUCAAGUCCUGCUGCGUGCCCACUAAACUACGGGCCAUGUCCAUGUUGUACUACGACGACGGGCAGAACAUUAUUAAAAAGGACAUGCAGAACAUGAUAGUAGAGGAAUGUGGCUGCUCUUAAAGACAAGCAGACUGCCCUGAACAUGUAAAGGACAUGGUAGCUGGGGGAAAGACAUUCCUCCCUUUCCUCCAACAGACCCACAAACCUUGACAGACACAGCAUGGAGUUAAAUUCAUAGUGUGCUGGUUACCAGUCACUUGGACCAGCCUGUGGCACUUUCAGUUAAAAAAAAGUAAAAAAAAAUAAAUAAAAUAAAAUAAUAAAAAAAAAUAAUAUAUUUUUGUUACAAACAAGAGGGAGAGAGAGAGAAAGAGAGAGAGAGAUAGAGAGAGAAGAAAAUAUUUAUGUUGCAGCAUUUAUGGUCCGCACUGCACUGCAAUAAAAUGUUUUGAUAAGGUGCCUACAUUUUCAAAACUAUGCAACCUGUCGACGUUUUUUGAACUGUUUACCUUUUCAAAAAGAGGAAGACUUUUUUUCGAUGUAAAUGUUUUCAUGUUUAUGCUUUGUUGAGAGAUACUUGAAAGAAACAUGUUUGACCAGCUGCUGGAGCCAAACACUUCUCUAUAUAAUUAUUUUUAUGAUAUAUAUUUUUGUUGUUGUUGUUUGUAUUUUUAUAAACGUUCUGAACGUUUACGAUUUGCACUAUACCGACAUUUGAUCUGCCUAAUCGUUAUUUAACAGGUAUUAGAGAAGAGGGGAGCUGCACUUAAAUGUGAGCUAAAUUAACUUUUACAGCACACACAAGAGGUUUGUUUUAAAAACAAAGACACCAAAGAUUUAGUGUGAGUGUUUCCAAUGUCCUGUGUGUGGUGGUUAUUUGGAUAAUUAUUCACAAAACGUCUUGCUCAGUCAAGGGUUGGGAUUUAAGGGUUAAUGGUUUUCCUUGCCAGCUCUAAGUAGUAUUAGCUUUGAGUCCCUUUUACAUAAGGUGACCAUAUGGCUCAGUGUUCAGCGGGACUGUUUGGGAUAAUUCAGGCUUUUAAACUCACAACCCAAUGCAUUCUGGUACGUUUUACCUGUCAACCCAAUGCAUUCUGGUACGUUUUACCUGUCAACCCAAUGCAUUCUGGUACGUUUUACCUGUCUCAGGUACCAUUCUUACCUUUAAGAGAAGCAGGACUAUGCUUACCAGAAUGCAUUGGGUUGUGAGUUGAAAAGCCUGAACUAUCCCAAACUGUCCCACUGAACAUGGAGCCAUAUGGUCACCUUACUUUUACACAUCAACACCAAGUGCUUUUUUUUUAUUUCUACAGAAGUAUUAGUGGUACACUGUUGAAAUGCAACUUAUAAAAAAAGCACUACAGACACAAAGUGAGUGUAAUUGUUUGAAUGUUUCUGUGCAAAAAAAAAACAUUUAAAAACAAAAAGUUUUUUAUAGAAUAAAAUCAACAUUUCAGCAAUUUUGUUUAAGGAAGCAUCCUACAUGAAUCCUUACUUUCAAACAUAUUUUUAAGUAAAAUGUACUUGUUUGUAAUCAUUUUCUGUCCUCUUACAAUAAACACUGUACCAUUGUGCUAAUUAUAAACACAAUUAACAGAUUAUGUGGCUGGGUAUGAAAUAUUGUCAUCGUUGUAGUCUGGCAUGAAAGAAAUUCUGAACCUGGCGGGACAUUUGUGAUCAAAUCCUGUACAUUUUAUUUUUUUUUGCAAGAAAAAGAAAUUAUACUGAAGCUAGAGUGUUUGGUCUAAUAAGAUAAAGAAAUAACAACUUUAUUUUUAUUCUGUAUAUAUUGAAAUGCAGAUACAUUUAUGUUGCAUUGCUUUGUUGUACAAAUCAAAAAAGAUAUGCUUGCCAUGUUUUCUAUCUAAUUUAUUUACAGUAUUUUUGCUUCUCUAUUAAAGCUUAAGGAUGUACACUAAUGUGUGUUAAGAAUUCUCAUUGUUAUUUGUUGCAUUAGUAUGCUAUUUCACAGACUCACUUUGUUUUCUUCGCCUUGUUUUACCUGUUGGAAGCAGAAGAAUCUUAGAUUUUAAUACAUUGUACUUACUCUCUGUAUCUUUCAUGUUUUCAUUCACACCAUAGGUAAAGUUAAGCAUAGACCAGACUGGUAUUUAUAUUUCCAGAAAUGUGGUUUUACUUCAGUAUCACAUGGUACGGCAGUCUAACUUGAAACGGUCUGUGCUGAUUUCAGUUGCAAGUAAGUGACUUAACCAAGUGCAAAGCAAGGUUUUAAAAUUAUGGUAUUAACCUUUAUUAGCACUAGGAAUGCUAUCACUGGACCCACGUUUCUUCUAUUGAAGAUGUUUUGUUGUUUUGCUUGUAUUCUUUACUUCAGUUGAAGUAUGCAGAUAAAUGAAAGACAGCACUAUACAGUAAAGGUUGCUGCUGCUUCCUACAUCAAAGGUACCAGGAUGCAGAAGUUGUAGUGUUGUACUGUAUUUGACAAUAUUUGCAUAUGCUGUAUUAUCAUUAAAAAAUUAAGAACCAAACGAUAAUCAAAAGAAUACAAGGGAGGGUGCUGACAUUUUUUUUAAUUUUGGCAAUCCCAGUCCAUCUUGCUUUAAAAAAACUGGGACUUUGGGUGUACUUGCAACUAUGGCUGCAAUUGCUUGUACAAAUUAACUGCACCUUUAACCUUGUUUAAGACUAGCAUUUUAUUUAAUAAGGGAGUGAAGUCAUUGACUAAUACACUUUAAAUGCCAGCCCAAACUCAAGGUCUUUGUAAAGCUAUCCGACCCGAAAUGAAACACUGCCAGAACAGCAUCGGC